UAGGUGCCAUACUAAAUCGGCUGAUGAGUAGGCUCACACAAUUACGCAUGAUUUGGUAGCACAAUAAGUUGAUCGACGUAAUCGGGGGGGAUCGGUCAAUUUAGUAGGUUUUCGUAGGACUCUAUUUAGUUGGCAAACUUUAAGCCUAUUUAGUAUGGAAUGGUCAUAACUGAAUUAGUUUUUGACAUGUGUUGUGUGAUGGAGUUCAUCGAAGGGAAAGCUUGGCCCACGAUAGCACGGAAGACUUCGUCAGUGCUCAUCAGCAGUUUGUUCGAGUGGCGAGCGGGUUUCUAUCGGUUCCGUCAUGACGACGUCAACCUGACCAAGUUCCCGGACGUUUGCCGGGCAUGCCUGAAGCCGUAAUCGAAGGUGUUCAUGAUUCCGAUGGAGGCAUCGCUGACGACGCCCUCACCGUAGGCCAGUUUCUGGAUGAGGUGCCGGAGAAAAACAUUCAGCUCUCGAAAUCCGUUUGUACCGGUUGGGUGGAGGAGCUGGAACGGAUUUCUACCUUCAGGUGCGAGCUGCUGCUGUGCUUGGAUGGCAAGAUUCUCCACAGGAUAGGUCGUUUCCCGACCGGCUACUGUAGGAUGCUAGGUUCAAAUAUUCCGGCAUUCUCAUUGCCGAAUGAGCCAGUUUGCAGGUUCGUGCCUCCACCAUCAGGCUACCUGCCAGAAAUUUUCUUCGCCAACCACCUGGGGACAUUUUUACUAAAGAAAAAUAAAAAUACCUCUACUGGACUUGCUCCGAGAUACGAAAAUGAACCAUUUACAUAA